AUGUACCAGAUGCGUCCUGACAUAGCUGAACUUCCUCCGCCUCGCCCAGGCUGGACAAAGAUAACGCUGCCGCUAAUUACUAUGGAGAUCACGCAGGCCCAGCGAAAACUCUGGCUCCUGUCUCUUUCGUCUAAACCUACCUCAACUAAGCAGGCCAUCCACACCAAGACUCUGCGAGACCUCCGCCACCGUGUUGAGUCCGUUGGCCGGAUCUGCAGCUCGUACGUUCCCAUUCAAACUCUCACCCAAUACGCAUCCUCUUACAUGCUCCAUAAGAUGGAGCUCAAUACCCGCCAGCAGCUCGCUUUCACUAACGCCAGCUGUGACAAGUUGAGCAUGAACUUGGCUAUCGAGGAGGACCUGGUGGCGGCGUGCCCAAGCGUGGAUAGAGCUUGGAGAGCUGCCAAUGCAAGCUUGGAGCUGGAGAUGCAGAGGCAGUGCAACAAUGGCACGGCGCUGAAGCUGAAGCUGAUUGUAGCACAGAAGCUGAAGAAGAGGGCAGAACUGAUUCGGGGUGCGCUGGCCAGCAGCCGAGCAGCAGAAGGAGGAGGAGGGGACACUGCAGGUGCCAAGGAUAUGCGCUCCAGCCAGCCAUAG